AUGUCUACGUCACAAGCCACGCCUUCGGCAUCCAUCGAAGCACGGUCAGACACACCAGACGGGACCUGUGUGUUGACCUACUCUGCCCUGGAUACACAAGACAUCAUCCAGUCCGUUGCGGAUGACGGCGCAGGAGCAACUGCAGUUUUUAUCGGAACCACACGCAACUCAUUCAAAGGCAGCGUAGUUACUCAACUAGAGUAUCAAGCGUACAGCAGGCUUGCCAUCAAGACAAUGGCUGACAUAGUCCACAACGCCCACCAGGCAUACACACGCUCGGAGCAUCAGACACCGUCCGUAGACGGGCAGAUGCACGCGGUCAUCCGCACCGCCCUCUACCACCGUCUGGGCACCGUCCCCGUAGGCGAGCCAUCCAUAGUCAUCGCGGUCUCCUCUCCACACCGCAAAGAAGCAUUUAUGGCUUGCGAGCAAAUCUUGGAGGAUGUGAAGCGGAGGGCGCAGAUCUGGAAGCGGGAAUUCUACGAGGGACAACCGGAUGAGGAGGCCGAGUGGAAGGCAAAUUCGGGUCAUUGA